UCCCACCUCCUCCUCUCCAAACCCCCUCCUCCUACGUGCCAAGUGAAAAAGCCAUGCCUUUCGAAUUCAUGCAUAAAAAACCAAGGGGAGUUAAGUUCAGGACGCAGAGCAGCUCUCUCCAUGACCGACUACACGUAGAAAAAAAUCCCCCAGAACUGAGCUGCACAAGGAGGCUGAAGAGGAGCUUCACACCGAGGGGAAUAGAGGAAGAGGAAGAGGAGGGAGAGAGAGAGAGAGGCUGAGAUAGAGAGAGAUCCUAUCUCACUCUCUCACAGUUGAGGUCUUCAGCAUCUCACAAACUGCAGGACAAUGUCUAGUAAAGCGACUUUAGCCUUACUCAUCUAUGGGAUCAUAAUGCAUUACAGCAUCCACUGCUCACCUGUGGGGCUUAGCUUUCCCAGUGUUAGACUGGACAAUGAGGUUUAUGAUGAGGAUGGGAACUCCUUACAGUCCCUGGAUUACGACAGAGACCAGAUGGACGUGAGGAGCCCUCCGUCUGUGGCUGACGACGUCUACACUUUGUAUUACCCACCAGAGAAAAGAACGGAAAGGCACGCAGACGGCAUGUUUAAUAAAGCCUACAGGAAAGCGCUGGGUCAGUUAUCAGCAAGGAAAUAUCUGCAUUCUCUGAUGGCAAAACGUGUAGGCGGGGGGAAAACGCUGGACGACAGCUCAGAGCCCCUUUCCAAGCGACACUCAGACGGGAUCUUCACAGACAGCUACAGCCGCUACCGGAAGCAAAUGGCAGUCAAGAAAUACCUGGCAGCAGUCCUGGGGAAAAGCCUUGAAGACAUAGGUUUUCACCAUAUCCUACAAGAGAUAGACUUUGAUGCCCUCCCGGACGGGGAUGAGUUUGAGGCUUUUUUGGGAGACUGGCUGAAACAGUUCUCGGUGAGUUUCAGGCUCUUUCCCGAGGCCGCAAUUCUCGCUGGGGCGUCUCAUGCCCCUCCCUUCUUCUUCUUCUUCUUCUUCUCGCCUUCAAACACUCUUCUUCUGCCUCAUUUGUGCUCCUGUCUCUCGAGUCUCACACAUUUAAUCCCUCCUAAUCCCACAAUGUGGAGACACUUUGCUCAGACUGAUAUGUUAUACAUAUCAGUGCUGAUUGAUUUAUCCUCUUUAUGGAUGCAAGGAUGAUUAUUUUAGUAGAUCUGAUCACACGAGAGCCCUGUUGGCUUUAAACACAUUCAAAAUGAUAGUUUUUUAAAGUAGAUAAAAAAACUAAAUCUGAGAUGAGGACCAGAGUACUUCUGAGGUUUUUCUCCUUCUUCUUCUUCUGUAGUCUUUACAGAGUGAGCUUACACCUUUAACUCAUGUAAAUCUUGUGUUUUCUAUCAACUGGUUUCUGCUGACGGUUUUGCCCAUAUAAUAAGUAUCACUAGCAUCUAAAGCACCAUCAGGCAAAUUUAUAAAAAAAAAAGCAUAAAAAAAAAGAAGAUACUUGUUACAUGGUGACCAUCGAUUUGUUCUUUUGUGAGAGACACACGAGGCAGUUUGAACUUCUGUGUUUGAACCUUCUGGGUCUAUUGUGCUUCCCUUUUUCUGUCAUGUGAACCAAUGUAACUAAAAAAAAAACCAGUAGAUUGCAUGAUUAAAGUAAUUUGCACUAGCCACCGCAUCCGUGCAGACGACUCCAACUAGAUGGUUUUGCUUGCUUUCUGACUACUGCAAACAUACAUAUCCUGUCAUUUCUGGAUGUUGUUUUGUGUUCUGUUACUCUCACAUUUCUACACAAACUGUAUGUUGAAGAAUGUACUUUACUGCUGGCAAGAAGCUCCCAGUCUAAUGUCAUGCUUUAUCUGUUACUAAACUAAUUUUGUAACACAUUGUAUGAAGAAAAAGCUGUGUUUAGAUGUUUAAAGUGGCUUAAAGGCUGCCAUAACUGAUUAGAUUUAAAGAAGAGGAAGGAUGAGAUGCAGGAACAUAAGAAGAAAACAGUUAGAGAAAACAAAUAAAGAAUCAAGAACAUGCUGAUUUUGAAAAGUUGAGUCAAAUCUACAAGAUAAGACUUAAAAAACUGACUGUAAGCAAUCACAUUCCCCCCAUCUGCACACAUAUUUGUGAGGCAGGAAUACAUAUUUUGCAGAAAAAGCGAGUUCAGCAGGGUAAAAAAAAAAAAGUUCUUCGAUCUGUGUCUACUGUAUCAAUCUCUCUUUAAUUUUGCAUUCUCCUCCAGGCUUUGUGACGCAGGAAGCAGUUUGCGGCUGUGGUGCCUUGCAUCGACUUUAAAAAUCGCCAUGAAUCACAGAUGGCUAUUUAGUGGCCCUACAAUGCUGCACAUCAUCAGCUUACAUUUCACCUUUUUCUGUUGUGUUGUUUUUGUGUUGCACAGGACGUUUGAUAGGAAAGCAUCCAAGCUUUUAGACGUCAAGCGCUCUCGCUUGCUUUUCCUUUGCACUUUGUUUUUAGAGCACUAGAUUUGUGUGAAAAUAAGAGGGAAGGAUCAGUUUCCCGUCUCCAUGAAGCAUCAUAUGUAUGAUAAUGAAAGCGCCAAUAGCCUUACUAAAAAUGAAAUAAUCUUCAAAGAUAUAUAUAUAUAUAUUUACUGUGUAGAAAGUGAACAUUAGAUUACUACUUCAAAUGGCGAUCUGCAAGGGUCAAGUCAAUAAAUGUUUAAAAAAAAAGUGUUGUAAGAUUUGUAUGAAUAAAUUUUUGUAAACAACAAAAAAAA